AGUCGGGUGCCGGCAGUCUGUCAGACUACGUGUCGUGUGAGAAACACCUAUGGAAGCUUCCAUUGCAACUGCAUCCAAGGCUACGAGGGUGAUACGUGUGAGGCCCGGGUGAGUGAAUGUGCGAGCACGCCCUGUAUGUUCGCGGGCACGUGUGUGGACACGCCGGCUGGAUACCGCUGCAUCUGCAGGCUGGGAUUCACCGGCGACCACUGCGAGGGAGUGGAAGAGAGCUGCGGUGCAGACAACCCGUGCAGCGAGAACGCCAUCUGCAUUCAGAACGAUGCCGGUAAAAGACAAUGCUUCUGUAAAGAUGGAUACUAUGGCCUCUCCUGUCAGUACGAAGUCAACGAAUGUGCAUCGUCACCGUGCUACAAUGGCGCUACCUGCUUUGACGGGAGCGGAACAUAUCGAUGCUAUUGUCCUCCAGGUUACACGAGUGCCGACUGUUCGGUUGACAUUGACGAGUGUAGGAGCGCCCCCUGUAGGAACGGUGGCACGUGCGCGGAGCCCGCAGUGGGAGAGUUCACAUGCGAGUGCGCGGCAGGCUGGACUGGCGCCACCUGCGGGGAUAACGUGGAUGAUUGCGCGGCGCGGCCGUGUAACGUGACGCACACACGGUGUAUCGAUGUCGUCGAUAGCUUCAGGUGUGUGUGUCCCGAUGGAUUCGCAGGACCACUGUGCGACACACCAAUAGACUACUGCGUUGACCUUUCUCCGUGCAUGAACGGUGGCACAUGCCUGACAACUGCAUUAGGAUCUUACUCCUGCAGGUGUCGCUAUCCGUACGAUGGUGAAAAUUGCGAGGAGGACGUCGAUCCGUGUUUUACCUCCAUCUGUGCCAAUGGUGCCACCUGCAAUAACAAUCCGCUAUCACCACGUGGUUUCACAUGUUAUUGUCCACCAGGAUUCAUAGGUGACACUUGUGAGAUAGACGUGUUUGACUGCUUAUCCUCACUGUGUCGCAAUGGAGCUACGUGUAUAGAGGGCGCCGGUGGGCAGGUGUUUUGCGCGUGCGCCGACGGCUAUGAGGGCGAGCGAUGUGAGAGCAGGGCGACAAACUGCAGUGGCGCCCCCUGUGCUAACGGCGGCCAUUGCACGGCGACUGACGUCGAUCCAGGCUACGUGUGUGAGUGUCCACCGGGUUGGGAGGGCGCCACCUGCCAGCGUGACGUGAAUGAGUGCAAGAUGGCGUCACGUGCAGCAAUGCGUCACUGCGUGAACACUCCGGGUGGCUACGCGUGUCUCUGCGCCAUAUGGACGGGUCAACACUGUGAAGUGGACAUUGAGGAAUGUCAUGGGCAUGCCUGCAUGUAUGGGCAGCUGUGUGGAACAGCAAGGUAUGCCAUGCACGGGCGGUCUGACAUAUACUGGAGGGACUACGCGUGUGAAUGUCUGGAUGGAUACACCGGCUUGAACUGUGAGAGUGAAUUGGAUGAAUGUGAGAGCAGCCCCUGUAAGCACAACAGCACCUGCGUGGAUGGUCUGGCUUCAUACACCUGCGUGUGCGCAGCAUCAUUUGCAGGGCAACACUGUGAGAAUUCCGUAGAUGCAUGCACCAGUAAGCCCUGCCUGCGUGGAACCUGCCUCUCACUGCCUGACGGCACCUACAAGUGCUCCUGUGACUGGGGGUUCACAGGUCCGGACUGUGACACAGAACUACUCGAGACGUCAACCUAUGUGGAGACGAGCAGUGAGGGUGACAAUGACAGUGACAGUGGUAGCACGUGCGAGCGGGGCUGCGUCAACGGAGGCACGUGCGUGAUUACUGCCACGGGGGCUGCGUGCCACUGCACCCACGAUUUCACUGGUGACAGCUGUGAGCGUGUGCGGGGAUGCGCGUCUAGCCCCUGCGCAAACGGCGCCACCUGCAUUGACAAUGCUUCCGUCGCCCCGUGCGCAGACGGUGGCUCCACCUGUGUGGAUACAAUUCCGGGUGUUGUUGGCGAUGAAGAUUUUUACUGCAACUGUUCAGAGGGAUACACAGGUGCGUUGUGCAGUGAAGAAGUGUCUGUGGAUUUCUGCGCGGUGGGACCCUGCGUUCAUGGUGACUGUGUCAACCUAAAUAACUCUUACAGCUGUCUCUGCUAUCUGGACUUUAGCGGUGAGUCUUAUAUGCAGGCAUGA